UUUUUUUUUUUGAUAAAUAAAUGACCUUUCGGGGAUAUACGAACAAUAUGUGAAUGCAUGACUAUAGAUCUUUUCAAAGCAUAUUUAAAAAUAUGUCAGAUUAUUAAAUAGUCAAGAACAUUGUAUGUUUUAGCUAAGGCUCGACUAUUGUAUCGUAUCUAAAGGAAUAUUUCUUGAAUAAAAGAAGACUCCCGCUUGUCCCAGUAGUUUCAUUUCCUGUGACUGAAAGUAUUUACGGUAGAACAGUCUCCCCGUGUUUAUUUGUGCUUUUUAAAUCCCAAUUUUUUUUUUUUUGUCUAUUGAUUUGUGUUUCUUUUGGUUUCGUACACUUUUUUUUUUCUUUCUCUCUAAAUAGACGAAAAUUAAAAAAGCAUGGCGAGAAAGACGUUUAAAACUAUCGAAGCAGACGUGGAUGCAGGAACUCACGAUGACAGACUUUACAAUAAAGCGUUUAUAGGCUUCAGAGCAGCUUUGAGAAACCGAUUGUUACCUUUGGUACGUCAUGAGACACCCAUCUUGGCAGCAUUCCAGAAACGUAUUCGUACACCCGCACUUGAUAGUUAUUUUGUUUGGACUGCCAACUUGGGUACACACACGUUUUUUAUGGUGUUUUUACCCAUUCUCAUUUGGUUUGGCAAUGCAGAACUUGGGAGAAAUGUUGCUUUUCUGACAGCAUCGGGUGUAUUUUGGUCAGGAUUUCUCAAGGAUUUUCUAUGUCUGCCUAGACCACUUUCACCACCCGUGCAUAGAUUAACCAUGUCACCUUCCGUUGCCUUGGAAUAUGGAUUUCCUUCAACACACUCCACCAAUUCAAUCUCAGUAGCUCUUUUUCUUAUUUCUAUGGCAUGUGAAAAGUUGGCCCCUGAGUCACCUGCGAGAAUGAUCACAACAAUCGGCUGUACUUUCUAUGCAGUCAGUGUUGUAUUUGGUAGAGUCUAUUGUGGUAUGCAUACAGUUACAGACUGUGUCGGUGGAACGAUUGUGGCAUAUUUGGUAUACAUUGCACAAUGGACCUUUAAAGAACAAUUCAAUGCACUAUUCACAAGUGAUUCCUAUUGGGUGUUUAUGGCUAUACCAAUCUGCCUAAUGCUUGUGUCUCUCCACCCUGAUCCAAUGGAAAGAUGCCCAUGCUUUGAAGACAGCGUGUGCUUUAUGGGUGUCUUAAUGGGAUUGAUGCCCGGUAGUUGGGUGUGCAACAGAACGGAUUAUUGCGUUUCCGGAUUGUCAUCAUCUGUUCUCUCUACCCAAAUUGGGAUUUUUGGUGCUCUCUUUUUGUUGGUCAAAUUACUUGCUGGCGUAGCAUGUUUAUUUAUUUGGCGUAUCGUGUGUAAAAAAGUAUGUUACUACAUUCUGCCACCUAUUUAUCGAGUAUUCAACCUUCCUCAUCGUAAAUUUGAAAUCGGAGCAAGAACAUACAAGAGUUUGCGAAGAGAGAGUAUUCAUCCUGUGCCAUCCGUAUUAGAUUUCCAAUCGAUGAGUGGAAAUAUGCAAGAUCAUGAUCAUGUUGGUAUUCAAUCAGCUAUUGAUUUGAGAGAGCUUCGUGAAAGCCAAUUAUCCUACCGUGGUGGUCCUAAAGAAGAUAUUCCUAUAUCCACAAACGCAAGUGCCUCUGAAAAAGAAGCCUAUGAUCCCACCUCCCUUUUGAUUAUCGAGGAUGCUCCCCUUCGAUAUGAUGUAGAUAUUGUAACAAAAUUAAUCGUUUAUGCUGGUAUUGGUAUGGUCGCUGCUUAUAUCGUUCCCAUGUUAUUCCAAUUCAUGUCCACCGUUGUAGCAUAAAUCUAGAUCCCCCGAAGAGAAAAAAAUUAUUAUUAUAUUCCCAACCCUUCACACCCAAGAUUUUUUUUUUGUUUUUUGUUUGCCCCCUUUGUUUAACUAAUAACCCUUCUCAUUAUUUUAUCGCAUGUAUACGCGAAGCCGUUAGAAUAUUUACUACAUUACUAAUUUAUACAUAUAAUCCCUCACUCACUCACACAUUUAUCUCUAUCACUUUUUUUUUAAUAAAUUAACAAAUGUUUUAAUGGUAA